UCUGCCACGCAGUCCUGCAGGCAAGCCUUUUCAGCACUACGCAGUUUAAGGACAGCUCCCAUGCUGCUCCUGGGAUUCAGCUUUCCACACCCCAAAGCGUUUCUACCUACAAUACUGUGGAGGUAAUUAAUCAACUCAACAAAGACUUCUGAAAACAAGCUAUCAUCGUGCUAUAAAGCAAAGGAAAAAAAAACAAUUAUAUUAUUUUAAGAGAAGCAGCGUCAACAGUAAACACGUUUUCUGCAGAAUUUGUAGUGUUUGAAAGCGCAGCCCGUGCAAAAGCCUGAUUUGGGGUCGAUGAAUGUUACUCUGUUACACUUUGCUGGCGGAAUCCAACUUUUGGACGGGAUGGAAAUCACCGUAGUCCUGCCUGUUAUUUUGGCAGUGAUCUGUUUCGUCGGAGUUGUAGGAAACCUCCUGAUAUUAGCGAUCCUGAUUCACGAUUUUAGAAAAGGAAAGACUUCUAUCGUCAAUGCAUUGGUGAUCAACCUAACCACCGCCGACUUGCUGAUAAUAUUAUUCUGCAUUCCUAUCCGCGCUGUUACUUACUUCAAGCAAUCCUGGACUUUUGGAAGCUUCGUUUGCAAGACGACAGAUUGGUUUCUUCACUGUUGCUUGGUUGCCAAAAGUUUCACUCUGGCCGCCAUGGGACAGGCAAGGUACAACUAUGUUUUGAACCCGCCAAAGUUUUUACAUCUCCACCCAAAGCGCUUAAUUGGCGUAGUUCUCUCAAUAUGGACAAUAUCGUCCGUGCUGCCCAUCCCUCAUGUGAUUUUCACUGCCAUGGAAGAAGAGCAAAGUAACAAUCUGUGCGUUUUUGAGAUACCAUUUUACGCGUCAAACUUCAUGAGCGUCUUCAGUAAGAUCUACCCAGUAGUGGCUUAUAUGCUUCCCAUGCUUUUCACAGUCACCUGCUACACGAAGGCCAUGCUAAGAACGAAGCCCAGGAGAAUCAGGACGUCGAAUCCCCGGCACCAGAGCAAACGGAUCACCCUGAUGUUGAUGUGUGUCAGCUGCGCUUAUGCGCUCAUGUGGCUGCCAGAGUGGAUAGGUUGGAUCUGGGCGCGGCACAGUUAUAACAAAAGCAGUGCCCCUCCGGCUACCUUCAUGAUCUACGUGCAGGUGCUGUUGUUUGUCAACAGCACGGUUAACCCGAUGAUAUUAAUGGCGAUGUCUGAGGAUUUCAGAGACGGGCUCGCUAGUAUUUGGGGAUUGGUGAAGUGCAGGAGGCCGAGGGGCGCUGGGGAGAACAGGAGUCCAAAGGCAGAGGAAAACGGCGCGGAGAUGGGGACCAGUGUGAUCCAUUCCCUUCAGGACCUGCAAACGCUGCCCAUAGAAGAACAUACAGAAGCAUCCGCGAACAAAACGGGGAUAAUACUCCCAGACGUAGAGCACUUCUGGCAACACAGACGAAACACAACCGCAGCAGAGGAAACGGACCCCAUUCCUUGGGAACAUCAGGAAAACCUACAGAGUGCCCAGUGACUGGUUUUUCUACACAUGAUUUACUA